AUGCCACGUUUGAUACCAUCAGAAGAAUUUACAAUCCCUGUUCAUCAAAGCACUCCUGGAUGGGAUACCGAACAACUUGUGGUUGAGAAGCAUGCCUACCCCGCACCAUCCAAUACAAGCCAAGAACGCAUCGCUUUUCUUUGGGCACAUGCAAAUGGCUUCAGCAAGGAAAUGAUGCACCCAUUGAUGCGACGUUUCGCAACCCAACUACGUUCUCUUCCAUCUUUCCAAUCGAUCACCUUUGAUUUUUAUGGAUUCGAUGCUCGCUAUUCUGGUGAUUCUGCUUGCUUAAACAAUGGUCACCCUUUCAAUCCAAAAUAUUCAUGGUUUGAUAAUGCCAUGGAUAUGAUCCAAGUGAUCAAAGAAAUGGAGCUUUAUGAGAAUUACGACAAGGUGAUAGGUGUUGGUCAUAGCUUUGGUGCAUGUUCGAUGAUGGUUGCCGAGUUUCUAUUCCCCAAAACCUUUCAUGCUCUUUGUCUUAUUGAACCGGUGGUCAGCCCAUACGUAUUUCCCUAUGAAGCCUUGUCCCAAUUCCCUGCCAUGUCAUUGACCUUGAAACGUCGUGACACGUGGCCAAGCAGAGAGGCUUGCUAUACGUCGCUCAAGGACCGUCCUUUUUGGCGGGAUUUGCAUCCCGAAGUAUUCGAAAAUUACGUGCAAUAUGCACUCUACGAUACACCCGAUGGCAAUGUCAAGUUGAAAUGCCCAAAAGAGGUGGAACAUGCUAUUUAUUGGGCUAGUCUCUAUGGAUCGCCCACCGUCUUCAAUUCUUUGAGAUGUCUUACGAUUCCUGUGCAUAUUGUUCAUGCAAACAGAUCCACCUUUACCGAUCCAUCUUCAGCUGACGAUAUCAAGGAAUUAUCCCCGCUGAUCAGCAAUGCUCUCGUUGAAGGCUCACACGUCGUUCCACUUGAAAACCCUGAUAUCCUUGUGCCCGAGAUUUUGCAUUUGGUUAAUAGAGCAUUGGAGACCCGUGCAAAGUUAUAA